ACCCCGUCCGCCGGCGAGCCCGCGGCGCCCAAGCAAGAGGUGUCGAACACCGCCGCCACCACCGCUGACGAGCCGCCGACGCCCUCUGCGGCCCUUGCACGCAAUAUGGUCGAGAUCGCUCUCGAUUCGCCCAACUGCAAGCCCGUGACGCCGGCGGAGGAGAAGGAGGAGAUGGACACGGCCUCGCCAGCCAACAAGAUGAAGGGCGACGCCAAGGCGUCGUCCGAGCAGGCGACCGAGGCGGCUCCAGUGGCGGUGGAGGGGGCCUCGCCCGUGUCGCCGGAAACGCCCGCAAUGGAAGAAGCGGCGAAGAACCCGGAGGCUGUCGUGGGCGAGAAGCGCUCCUCCGAGGCUGCGCCGCAGCCAGCCAAGGCCUCCAAAUCGCCGGCGAAGUCGCCAGCCGCCGUCACUGAGAACGACGGCAACAGCAACGUCGAGGAGGCCUCCUCGAUCGCCUGAGCUCGUGCGAGGCCGUCGCGUGAUCGCACAAGCGGGACUGUGGAGGGCUGGCGCAGGGCGAAUGGACUCGAUGUGAGGCUGGUCUACUGUACAUCUACAUACAGGGAAGCUUCGCGUGCGCGAGAGUGCGUGUCCAGUUGGGCGAGAGUUUACGGACGGUGACUGUA